UCUUCGCCAAAGGCCCGGAAAAGGAUCCCCCCCCAGGGCAGGAAGUUUUAUCCACGAUGCCCGCAGCCCCAGCAAAGGCCCGGGGGUGACUCCCUGGGCCCGGGAACUUCCCCGUCCGGCACGAGCCGCACACGCGCCGGGACGCGCCGUCCGAGCCGGGAAAUGGGCCGGCGGCGCCCGCGGUUCCUGUGGCUUCUGUGGUUUCUGUGGCUUCUGCAGCUCCAGCCCAGCGCGACCGCAAAGGGGCGUCCGCCGCGAUCACACACUCUGCACUACCUCUUCAUGGGUGCCUCUGAAUGGGACCUCGGGCUGUCCCUGUUUGAGGCGCUGGGCUAUGUGGAUGACCAGCUGUUCGUGGCCUACAAACACGAGAGUCGCCGGGCAGAGCCACGCGCCCAGUGGAUCUCGAAGGCCACCACGAGCUCACUGUGGCUGACGCUGAGUCAGAGCCUGAAAGGGUGGGACCAUAUGUUCAUCGUGGACUUCUGGACCAUCAUGGACAACUACAACCACAGCAAGGCAACGAAGCUGGGGGUGUUGGCGGAGUCCCACACCCUGCAGGUGAUGCUGGGCUGUGAGGUGGGGGAGGACAACAGCACCACGGGCUUCUGGAAGUAUGGGUACGACGGGCAGGACCACCUUGACUUCCGCCCCGAAACACUGGACUGGAGAGCUGCCGAGCCCAGGGCCCAGGCCACCAAGCUGGAGUGGGAAGUGACCAAGAUCCGGGCCAAGCAGAACAGGGCCUACCUGGAGAGAGACUGCCCCGAGCAGCUGCGCCAGCUGCUGGAACUGGGGCGACGGGCCUUGGAGCGGCAAGUGGCACCUGCAGUGAAAGUGACUCGGCACAUAGCCCCUGCCACGACCACUCUGUGGUGUCAGGCUCGGAGCUUCUACCCCCCGAACAUCACCAUCAAGUGGCUGAAGGACAGGAAGUUGCUGGAUGCCCAGGACAGCGAGCUUCAGGACGUGCUGCCCAGCGGGGACGGGACCUACCAGGGCCGGGUGGCUUUGGCUGUGCCCCUGGGGGAGGAGCAGAGAUACUCCUGCCAGGUGGAGCACCCAGGCCUGGGCCAGCCCCUGGCUGCCUCCUGGGAGCCCUCGCCUUCGAGUGCCCUGGUCAUUGGAGUCACCAGUGCCAUCGCUGUUUGCGUCAUCAUCUUCUUCCUCGGCGUUCUGUUCAGAGUCUCGAGGAAGAGGCAGACUUCGAGAGGAGCCCUGGGGGACUACGUCUUAACUGAAUGUGAAUGAGCUGGAGGAGGAGCCGGACUCAGGGAGGGAGGGAUGCCUGAGAGCAGCAAGCUUCAGAGGCACACGGAACAGCGGAAACGCCAUUGAACUUUCCACCAUCCUCAUUCACUCUCAAGACACUUUGCCUGCGCUGGAGAGACAGUACAGCGGGUAGGGCACUUGCCCUGCACACAGCUAACCCGGGUUUGAACCCCGGCACCUCGUGUGGUUCCCUGAUCACUCCUCCACACGUGCUCCUUGAGCCCAGAGAUGGGACUUAGCCCUGAGCAUGGCCACAUGUGGCUGCCAAGCCAACCGAACACUUUCCCCACGUAGCCACUUGUUUGCUUCUGUGGUACCAGGGAUGCAACCCAAGGCCUCACACAUAUUCGCCCCACCCUCCCUACAGCUUCCGGGUCCCUGUAUCCUCAGACAUCCCAGCCCUCAAAGACAGCCCUCAAAGACCCAACUCUCAGGACUGUCUUCAUUUCCCACAUUGUCCCAGCCCAUAUGCGCAUCUGUCCUCUCAUCUCCCUUUGGAAGAGGGCUCCGGGGGAUUGCAGUGUUUUUAAACGUCUAAGGGAGGCCUUUGCUCUCAGACAAGCUCGGAUGGCUCCCUCAGCCCCGCACACACAUCCAGGCCUUUCUUGGGCUGUUCAAGUUUCCUUUAGACCUGUGAUUCAGUAAUUCAAGGUCCGUGGGUGUCUCCAGCUAGCGGAGGCUAGCCUGGUCGCUGCCCCCAUUAACCACCCCCACCUCCCAUCUCCCUGUGCCCACCCAUGGGUGUCUGUGUAAAUCAGUCCAAAAAAUGGGGGAAGCGUCUGGAGAAGGAAUGUCUUCUUCUAAGUUUCUCAGUCACCCUGGAGUUUUCCUCAGAUUAACAACACCUACAUUUAUGCUUCUCUGUAUGCCCAGCUUAAAUGUUCUAUUUGCUUUCUCCUUGUUCCAGUUAUGGAAAACAAGACAAAACAAAACAGAAAACGAGGCAAGGGCUGGAGAGAUAAUACAGCAGGUAAGGUGUUUGUCUUGCACACGGCCAACCUGGAUUCAUUGUGGUCCCCUGAUCUCAGAGGCAGGAGUAAGCCCCGAGCACCGCCAGGUGCGAUCCCAAACCCAAAAAUAUUAAAAAAAAAAAAGUUGAUUUUGUUAAUGUGGCUGCAACUUAGAAAAAUAGCGCUUAUUUGGUAACAAAUUCAGUUCUGAUCAUCAACUAAUAAAGGCCCUCCCAUUGAUCAUCGAUUUGCUCGAG